CCUAUGGGGCUCCCCGCCCCACUUAAAGUGGGGAAAUUACUGGAACGCCCCCCUUUAAUAGAAUACGGAAGCAACAUUUCCGUAUUCAAUACGGAAGUCUUAUAUCCGUAUUAUAUUAGUAUGUAAACCGACAAGGGUUUAUUCAAACCCAUUUCAAACUUCAUUCCGUAUUUUGCCAAGCUCUUCUCCCCUCUUCAACCUUCGAUCUCUGUCGCUCCCCUUGCUUGAACCGUGUACUUGAAAGGUUCCAUCAUCUCCAUCAAAGCUCUUCACAACCCCAUUCUCAGAAUUGAAACCUAGAGUGAGAAUGAAGAACAGAAAGAGGUCUCAUGCUUCUAGUGAGGAUGUCGGGGCUACUGAGGAUAGACACCGGCGGUUACAUGCUUCUAGCCGGCGCGGCGAUCAUGCUGCAACCUCUCAGGCGGUGGAGGCUUCAGCUCUAGUUGUUUCUCCGCCGUCUCCCAUGAUUGAGGUUCCUCUGGUUGAUUAUCCGCCGUCUCCCACGGUUGAGAUACCUACAGUUGUUUCUCCGCCCUCUCCCAUGGUUGAGUCAUCAGGCGAGGAGUCCUCAGGCGAGGAGUCCUCAGGCGAGGAGUCUUCCGGCGAGGAGUCUUCCGGCGAGGAGUCAUCAGGCGAGGCCUCAUCCGGCAUGGGAGGAUCUGACGAGGAUAGUAUUCCUCCGCCUACUGUUGAUGCUGAUGUCCUGCCGCCAGAGCAGGGGGAGCAGGGGGCACAGGGUGGCGAGGAGGACCUGAUCCAGAGGUUGCCGCCGUUUCCGGGGGGGCCUGUUGAGCUAUCGCUCCUCACCCAUUAUGCUGAUCACAAGGCUCCCUGGGCGUGGCAUGCACUCCUACGCACAGACGAGCGGUAUGUGGACCGUCACAGUUGAAGGUGGCCACAGCUGGGGGGAAGGUUUGGAACCUUGCUUGUGAUGGUGAUUCAGACAGUCACAGGCGGGUUCGAGAGUUGAUUGAGCAGACGGGUCUUCAUCAGCUACCCUAUUGCAGCUACCCGGUGACAGAUGCAGGCCUUAUUUUGGCCCUUGUGGAGCGAUGGCAUGAGGAGACUAGUAGCUUCCACAUGCCGUUCGGGGAGAUGACUAUCACCUUGGACGACGUGUCGGCUCUUCUCCAUCUCCCCAUGGGGUCGAGGUUCUAUACGCCUGGGAGGGGGGAGAGGGACGAGUGUGCAGCGCUCUGUGCUCAGUUGAUGGGAGGAUCUGUUGGUAUUUAUGAGGCUGAGUUUGAUACGAAUAGGUCCCAGACUAUUCGCUUUGGGGUCUUGAAGACCCGGUAUGAGGCUGCGUUGGCGGAGCACCGAUAUGAGGACGCUGCACGGAUUUGGCUGGUGAACCAGCUAGGCGCCACGCUCUUUGCUAGCAAGAGCGGAGGCUACCAUACGACCGUCUACUGGAUAGGGAUGUUGGAGGAUCUUGGUCGAGUGUGCGAGUACGCGUGGGGCGCGAUUGCGCUCGCUACGCUAUACGACCAGCUUAGUCGAGCGUCCAGGAGGGGGACGGCCCAGAUGGGAGGUUUUAGCUCGCUCCUGCUAGGAUGGGUCUACGAGUACCUUUCUAACCGCGUCAUUAUCCGU